UGUGCGUGCGAAAUAUGACAUCAUCUGAUAGAAAUGAAAGCCACAUCAAUGAUAACAAAGUUGUUGUCGUCGAAAGGAAGGGAAUGAAAAUUUAAAAAUCCACCUUGAAGGUCGCAGUCGGGACUUUAUUUUUCAAUUAUGAAAGAACUUGAUCUUUUAGAUGGAUGUUAGAAGAUGACAGAGGUGGGAACAAAUACAAAGUUAUUGAGAACAGUGCAGCAGGUACCGGCACCACGCCUGUCUGCAGAAGUUGAGCCUUUUAUCCCAGGAUUGACCUCUACAUCACAUCAGUCCUCCACUAUGACAGCCAUGUAUUAUAACUCUACAACCAACCAACAACAUCACCACCAACAUGCACCACAACCACUGCAUCCCCAUCAACCCCACCACCAUCAGACACCAGGGACACCUCAGAUAGUACCCGGGAUGCACCAAGAACCUGCUGCUAUGUCAGGUUUCAAACCACCACCACCUGUUCCUCCAUCCCAGCUACAGGGUGGUGUUAGCGGUAUGCAGCAGUACCAGACAUCUAGUGGAGGAGCUGUGGCUACCAUGAAUGGCAAGAAAGUUCCCCUGACAGAGCUGCCUCGUUACAUCACAACAUGCUACCCAUUUGUACAAGAUAGUUCAACUGGAGCAGCUCCUGCUUCUGAAAGUUGGAUGGGAUACCCCUCCCAGCAAUCGCAGCAAGUACAACAUCCUCCUCCUCAGUCAGCACCAGUAUCGCUACCUCCAAACUCCCAGCAUCCUCUUGGCCACCAUCAACAUCCCCAAGCUACACCCCAGACCACACCCAUGUACACGCCUCCUCCAGGUCACCAAACUCCUACUGCCCAUUUGACUCAACAACAAAACCAGGAGUACUUUCCAGUCCAUCCAGGUUACAACCAGGUACCUCAUCAAACACCAUCUCAACCAGUAUCAACAGGAGGACCACUAUAUCAACAAGGUGGCUACCAACAACAUGGUAACAACUACCAACCACAUGUUACAGGCAAUCAUCCUGCCCAUCACAACCCUACACAAUCACCUGUACCAAUGCCAUCACAACCAUCCAUACCUACAGGUGGAGUACCUGUAUCACACCCACCGUUUGCCCCGCCCGCUAUGAUGACCCCUCCAUCACAGAGUCCAUCACCUUACCCUUAUGCACCCCCACAACCCCCUCAUGGAGCUGCACCCUCAGGGGGGUAUGAUGCUACCUUACAAGGCAAUCAAUCUACCAUACCAUCUUAUGGUCAAUAUGGGUAUGGCAUAUACCAAGGACACCAAGUAAAGGUCCGUGGGCAAAGAUCAACAAACAAGGACUUUAGAAAUCCUGGAGGAUAUCGAAAUAAGGGGAGAGAACAGUACCAAACCUAUGUCCCACCGCCAACUGAUGUACCCAAACCUAAAACAAAGACAGUGGUUUUUGUUGAAGCUUGUGCACAAACAGAUUUUCCAGAAUCUAUAGCAAACAAGCCACUGUCAGAUAAAACAAGUAACCUUGCAUCUCGAUCCAAAACCAAGACACGGAAGAAGUCCCAAGGUAAUCAGACUGGUAGAGAUGCUUCAAGUUCAAGUGAUUCAGAGGUUGAGAAUACUCCUCAUGAUAGUGAUAGUGGAUACUACAGCCCCCUUCAUGCUCAACAAAAUAAUACAAGCUCAGUGUCUAGUUAUUCAACUCAAACUGGGAAACCAACUUAUAGCAAUGUAGCCAUGGGUGGUAAGAGUGUUUCUCAUCAGACAAGCAGUACAGUGGAACAAGGAACAUUUACCCAGCCAACUCACCCUAUGGUAGUCCCUCAAAGACCUCCACCAGCACCUGCUGCAGUCCCACAGAGAGGGCCCUUCACUCCUGUCCAACCUGCUAUGCCUACAUUCAGACCUGUAAUGCCAAUGAGCUACGCAAAUAUGCUGACUAAAGCUAGGACUGUUCAUCCACCUCCUCCACCAUUGGCCAAUCUGGGAUACCAACAGAGACCACCCAAUGUUUUCCCAACUCAACCACCGCCUACCUACAGAAACAUGGCAGUUAGUCCAGCCCCAAUGCUCCAACAACAACAGAGGAGAAUGCAGUCUCCUGUGCCUGCCCCUCAGAAGCCACCUGCAACUCUAGAGGACACUCCUAGGAAACGGAAGCAGAAACGAAUCAAAGGCAGGAAAGAUGCUGAGGUUGAGGUGGAGAAGCCUAAGAUGGUGAAUGCAGCCUCCUAUUGCAAACCACCACAGAUACAGGAUCAAGAAGAAUAUCCUGGUUUGCCAAUGGGUAGUCCUGCUGCAAACAAGCUCGGAAUGAAUCAAGGAGGACGUCCAAUCAGCUACAGUUCUGUUGUUCAGCAAAGACCUCCUGUCCAUCAGGUGAAUGAGAGUUCUAGUGAGGAAGAAGGUGAAGAUGGAGGAGAUCAAGGAAGUAUAAUUAAACCUGAAGAACUCCUUAGUCCUGCUAAUGUGAUGAGUACUAUCAAAGAAGGCAAGAAUGCACGCAAGAGACGUAAGAAAGCAAUGAUGGCAACACAAGCUGCUGCUAAGGAAUACUCUGAGAUCACAGAAGAACAGAGACAGUUGCAUGAGAAUAUGAAGAAACAAGGAAAGAGAACAAAAAUGCCUAUUGAGUUUGACCUUGGAGACAUGCUCGCUGCUCUAGAGAAACAACAGCAGGAGAUACGAGCCAAGCAACAGCAGCAGAUGAUGCAUAGAGGGCCAGUAGCCCCUAGUAGAAAUGUCCAGUUUGCCCCGACUGUAGCUACAAUGGCUCCAUACUCACAAACAAGACAGGUCAAGGAUGUAACAAGGGGUCAUAAUCCUCUUGACCUAUCUGCUCCUUUAAAGAGAGGGAAGGAGAGAGAGUUACCAACAAAGAAGAAACCAAGCGCUCUUAAAAGGGUUAUCUUGAAAGAAAGAGAGGAGAAGAAAAGGUUGCGAACCCUUGAAGAGAGUCGCCUCUCUGAUGAAGAACCAGCUGGUGAUGAUGAUGACGAUGAUGAGGAGGAGGAAGAGGAUGGAGACGAGGAGGAAGGAGAAGAGGAGGGAGAAGAAGAAGAAGAUGAGGAGGAGGAAGUAGAGGAUGAAAAAGGAGAAGCAACACAAAAAGUUGUUGAUCCGACUGAAAGCAAUGAUGGGGGUGUACCUUUGGGAUUAUCACAGGGUUUAUCUCAAGGAUUAUCUCAAGGAUUCUCACAAGGGUUCUCCUAUGGAUUCUCUCAUGGAUUCACACAAGGAUUAUCACAAGAUGCUCCAAGUGAUCGAGGUUCUUUCCCAGGGUUCAAUGCAUCUCAGAGUGACCUUUCACCUUUGAGUCAGAUGUCACCCUUGAGUAUGAGCCCUCUUUCUCCUGGGUCUCCGUUGAGCUCAGGCUUAUCAAGCCCGGCUACUGGUAUGGGACGUAGCAAUCCAACCCAAGUUGCUACAAAGAUACACAGUAGAAGGUUUAGAGAGUAUUGCAAUCAAGUAUUGGAUAAAGACAUAGAUGCAUGCUGUACAACUCUUCUUCAAUCUCUCGUCAAGUUUCAAGACCGACAAUAUCACAAAGACCCAGCAAAGGCCAAGAUGAAACGCCGUUUGGUGAUGGGUCUUCGGGAAGUUACCAAACAUCUCAAAUUGAAGAAGAUCAAAUGUGUCGUUGUCUCUCCUAAUCUGGAGAGGAUUCAAUCAAAAGGUGGUCUUGAUGAAGCGAUGGAUAGAAUCAGUGCAUUAGCCAGUGAACAGAAUGUUCCUUUGAUCUUUGCUUUGGGUCGGAAGGCGUUAGGGAGAGCAGUCAAUAAAGUAGUACCAGUCAGUGUAGUCGGAAUAUUCAAUUAUGAUGGUGCUGAGGAUACAUACAAGCAGCUGUUGGACCUAUCUACCCGGGCUAGAAAUGCUUAUGCUGACAUGGUACGUAAAUUCCAACAGGAGUUGGAAGCGGCCAAUGCUGCUAGUGCAGCUCGUAUGGCCAAACAUCGCCAUCACAUGGGUCACAAUCGUAAUCUCUCUGGAUGCAGUGCCAUCUCAUUCAGUUCUGUCAUCUCUGAACCAAUAUCUGAGAAUUAUCCUAACCCUGAACCUGAGGUAGAUAGCCAAGGAAGAGAGAUUGAACCAGAUACACCAACUACACCUACCUAUAGUCCACAAGGAGGAGGAGGGGGUAGUAGUAGUGAUACAGGUCAACAUCCUGGUGCUCCUAUGAGAAGCCUGUCAUUCACUGGUACUGGUAGCGUGAUCAGUAACUCUACAGAUGAUACCAUCCAGAAGGAAGAGAAAGAUGGAGGAGGCAGCAGCGUUGGUAAAGACUAUGUCAUGUCUGAGACAUCCUCACGUACCUUGACAGCGGGUGAAGGAGAUCAAGAUCUAGAGGAGGGGAGCAAAGAAGAUGUCAGUAGACGGGAACUAGAAGAGCUUGAAGCUGGGUUAGAUGAUCAGGAUCAUGAUGAUGAAGAUGAAGAAGAGGAGGAAGAGGAAGACGAUGAUGAGGAGGCAGAAGUCAUCAAGACCGGUAUCCUUCUACCGGAAGAUGGUGCUCCUGAGAAGCGUGUGGCUGAUUGGGUUGCUGAAGCACAGCAAUGUAUUGAAAGUCUUACUGUUAAUGAUAAUACUGGAGAUGGUGGUGGUGAUAUGACCAAGAAAGGAACAGAGGACAAGAAAGAGGAGAAAUCCGGUAACAACUCACCCUAGCAAAGCAGUAAAAUGCCUACUACAACAGACAUAUACACUGUUUCUUGUUUGUGGUUUAGAGUGAGUUACUGUUUUGAUUCUUCUGUAAAAAACCAAAAUAAGGCUUACUUUGUGAUAACAUGUGUUAAGGAAAUAUUGGCAUUGAUUCCCCGCUGCUACAUUGAGUCAAUGUAUGGUAAUGGCUGUCUGGUUAUCAAUAACAUGUGUAUUUCAUUUCAUAAUCUGUUAUGCAAUUAUUCCCUGGACAUAUUCUUAGUUUUAUCUGAUGUAAUAGUUAUAUUAUACUGAAUGGCUUAGAAUGAAAUACCAGAAAUAUUCCAAGAGUUCAGGAAAAUAUUCCACGAAUCGCAGAUGAAUAUUGGCCCUAACGAGUGGAAUAUUUCUGGUAUUUCAUGAAAUAAAGCCAUCUGAUAUAAUUAUUAUCAUCUAUUCCACCCCCCCCCUCUCAAAAAAAGAGGGAGCAGUUUGAUUUAACAAGUCAUAUCACUUAUCACAUUUUGUCGUUAUCACUUCAUAAGAUCAAUUUUGGUCGUUGACAUGCGACUUGCAUGUAGUUCACUACAACGUCAUCGAGCGUAGUCGUGGCUCUACGCUGCACAUUUAUUGUUGUACGCGUUGUUUUUAUUUUCCCAUGCUCAUUUAACUGUUGAAUAUGCUCUCACCUUCAAUAGCAAAUUUUGUACAGGAGCCUAUGGGAUAUUCGGCGGAUUUCGGUCCUUUUAGGGAUAAGCUCUGAUACUGCUUGGGCAAUUGAUGCAGACCAAAAUACACGUGUUAAGGCAUCCCUAGAACACUGUUUAUAGAUAAUACUUGUUCUUUCAAAGACGUACUUAUUAUUGUCUUACACAUUUAUUUAUCCUAUGCUAAUCAUGUAUGGCAAUGUAAUAUGAUGUUCAAUAUAUUAUGUAUGUAGACAUUGUGUAAGAUAGAGACAUGUGGAUCACAUCUUUUGUUACUGGAUGCUACUCAUGAAUGAUUACAAGUAUCUUAGUGAACCACUGUUGCGUGUAUUACUGUAGUCAACAUAUUUAGAUACAGGACUUGACGUUUCUGUUUGCUAUCAAUGCAUGAUGCUGAUGCCUGUAAUAUUCUCGGCUGCUUUGGAAGAAAUCUUCCCAAGUUAGAAUGUGUUUUUCUUUUGAAUCUGAAAGACAGUUCGUACAUAUUUGGGUUUUCAAUAAGUGUUGAUUUUUUUCCCAUAUGAAUGUUGUUAUUUGCUUCUACACAUACGUUUAAAACAAAUGCAAAUAUAGUGUUAAUAAUCAAGAAAUGGUGCAUGAAUUUGAUAUUUACAUUGUGUAAUAUAAAUAUGACUAAAAAAUGGUAAUGUGAUUCAAUGCUAUGUGAAUAUGUAUGUAUUUCUAUUUUAAUCAAGAAUCGUCAAAUAACCAUGUGGAUUAUUGGAUGUAUUUUAUCUGUUUGCAUGUAAACUCUUUUCACAGUUAUUUCAUGACUUUAUCCUUGAGAUUUUAAGACUGAAGUUACCUGAUUUGCAUGAAAGUAGCCAUUUACUUCCAUGGAAUCAUUUUUCAAUGAAAAGUUUUGUAUGAAAGAUGUUUCAUUCAAGCAAUGUUUUCUUUCUUAAGACUAAACGUCUUUCAAAAAGACAAACAUGAAAACUCUGAAAAUCUGUGUAUUGGAGCGUUAGUCUUUGCAAUUGCUUGAAUUCAAGGAGAACUUGGCAAUUAUAGUAUGAUAUUAGAAUUGGCAUGCUUUCCAUUUGGGCAGAAUUGUUCUGCAUACAUUCAGACACAGUCAAACUACAUGAUAUUAAAAUAAUGAGUUCUCUUCCACAGUAACAUUUAAGUACAAGUUUGAUUUAUCUUUGUGAUAAUAAUAAUAAUAAUAGCGGUAUUUAUAAAGCGCCUUUUGCCUGAGGAUCCAAAUCGCUCCUAUUAUUA